AUGAUAUUUGUAACAGUAAACGAAACAAACUGUUUAAUAAAAGAAAAUAUUCCUACUCUUGAAAAUCUUUCAAAUGAACUUAUUUAUGAAAUAUUUGAAUUUCUCAAUUAUCAUCAUGCAUUUCAAGCUUUUUAUGAUCUUAAACAAAGAUUUCAAGAUCUUUUUCUUAAUUCAAAUCUUCCAAUUAAAAUCAAUAUUUCAUCUAUAUCAAAAUCUAAAUUACAGCAUUAUUUAACACAUAUUAUUAAACCUUGUGCUUAUCGAAUUGAAUUAUUUCGAUUAUCGAAUCCAUUUAUUGAUCUAUGUUUAUUACUAUUGCCAAUAAUGAAAAAUUUAACUCAACUUACAACACUUAUUUUAAAUAAUAUUGAAUCGAAUUAUAUUGAACAAAUUGUAAAUCAUUUAUCUUGUUUACCUGUUUUAUCUUCAUUGAUUAUCACAUCGAUUGAUACUAUUAAAAAUCACAAGAAUAUUUAUUAUAAAAUCUUUCGUUUACCUAUAUUGAAAUACUGUCAAAUAUUAAUUGAAUUAUUACAAUGUCCAAAAUCAUUACCUGUUGCUACAAAUGAAUUUAGUACUAUCGAACAUCUCAUCAUUAAUCAUGAAAUUUCGAUUGAUCAACUUCCUAUUUUAUUAUCUUAUGUUCCACAACUACGUCGUUUAUCGAUUGGUAAUCUAAAGGAACCUAAAUUCAACCGAACCGGAAGUGGUUCAAUAAGCUUAAAUUAUUUAACAAAUGUUUCACUUAAAUUAGAUAAUGUCAAUUUUGAUGAUUUUGAAAUCUUAGUAACAAAUUAUUUUCGUCAAAUUCAAAUUUUAACUAUUGCAAUACAAUAUAUUGGAUUUUACGUUAAUAGCACACAAUAUUUAAAUGCUGAUCGAUGGGAACAAUUAAUUUCAACUUAUAUGUUAAAUCUACGUAUCUUUGAUUUUCAACUUUCAUAUCGUGGAUUGGAUUCCUACGAUGAACGUCAAGCAUUUGAAACUCUUAUCAAUAAAUUUAAUUCAAUAUUUUGGAUAGAACAUCAAUGGUUCUUUGACCAUCAUUAUCAUCAUAUAACAUGGUCGAAUGCUGCUGUCUUCUAUUCAAGAAAUCCAUAUAGAAGAAAAGAUUAUGUAUUGUAUGAUGAACUAGUCGAAAAUAUCUGGUCAUCUCGUUUUGAUAUUAAUGAAGAUCCAAUUCAUCAUAUUUGUAUUCAUAGUAUAAAUAUGAUUAAAAAAUCCAUUGAUAAUUUUCCAAAUGCUACUAAACUAACAUUUUGUGAAACAUUUGAAGUACCUCGUGAUUUAAUUGUCAUUGAUUUGAAUCGUUUUCUUCCAUUGAAACAAUUAACUAAACUAACUAUUAAAUGUCAUCGUUUUUCUUUUGAACAAUUAAUUGAACUUUUACAAUUUACACCUAAUAUUCAUGUAUUGAAACUUGAUUCUAUAUUACUUUAUCGAACUAAUUCUGUUUCAAUUCAACAAAAUGAAUUAUCAAAAUUGGUAUCUAAUAUGAAUACUAUAACAAAAGUAACAAUUAAUAAAGAAGUUACAUUAGAAAAAAUUCAAUUACUUACUACUAUUUUUUCUCGAAUGGAAUAUCUUACUAUUAAUUUAUAUAAAGAAGAUUUGGAACCAAUAGCUCGAUUUUUAUUAUCAAAAUCUAAUAAUAACACUCGUUAUUUAUCUUCAUUGUGUAUUUCAAAGCAACGUAAUGAUCUGAUGACAAUAUUGAAAACUUUGAUUAAAUCAAAAAAACUUCUUCAUGAUUAUAUUCUCAAAGUUAUUAAUCGAAAAUUGUAUUUAUGGUGGUAG